UGUGGUUCCAGCUCAUUUUUUUCUCUUUCUCCACUCGUAUUUCUUUCCAAACAGGGAAAAGUGUUCCACAAAGCGGUAGCGCCUUCAGCCUCGCCUUUUCGUCGUGGACCCGGACCCAGCUCCCGUCUGGGUGCGAGCCGGUGGGCUAGGCACUAGGAGCCCUCCGUGGCCGGAACAAGGGGCGCGGGGACCCCUGCACGGGGCGCGGGGGGCGCCCAGCGCGGAGCUGGCUCCCGCGCCCGCACAUGGCUGCGGUCCCCAGCGCGCACCCCGAGGCACCGCGCCCAGCUCGCCAAAGGUCCGCCGGCGGCGCCGAACCGCCCCGCAGCCAGGCAGCGCGGAGCGGGGAGGUGCCCCGCGGCCGGGGACCAGCAUGUCCCCCUUCCUCCUCCUCUGGCUAGUUUCCUACUAUGUUGGAACCUUGGGAACUCACACUGAGAUCAAGAGAGUAGCAGAGGAAAAGGUCACCUUGCCCUGUCACCAUCAACUGGGACUUCAGGAAAAAGACACCCUGGAUAUCGAAUGGCUGCUCACAGAUAAUGAAGGGAAACAAAAAGUGGUGAUCACCUAUUCCAGUCGUCAUGUCUACAAUAACCUAACUGAGGAACAGAAUGGCCGGGUAGCCUUUGCUUCUAAUUUCCUGGAAGGAGAUGCUUCAUUGCAGAUUGAGCCUCUGAAGCCCAGUGAUGAGGGCCAGUACACCUGUAAAGUGAAGAAUUCAGGACGCUACGUGUGGAACUAUGUCAUCUUAAAAGUCCUAGUGAGACCAUCCAAGCCCAAGUGUGAACUGGAAGGAGAGCUGACAGAGGGAAGUGACCUGACUCUGCAAUGUGAGUCAUCCUCUGGCACAAAGCCCAUUGUGUAUUACUGGCAGAGAGUCCGGGAGAAAGAAGGAGAGGAUGAACAUUUGCCUCCUAAAUCUAGGAUUGACUACAACAACCCAGGGCGAGUUCUCCUACAGAACCUCACGAUGGCCUCCUCUGGGCUCUACAGGUGCACGGCGGGCAAUGAGGCUGGGAAGGAAAGCUGCGUGGUGAGAGUAACCGUACAGUAUGUACAAAGCAUCGGCAUGGUUGCAGGAGCAGUGACAGGCAUAGUUGCUGGAGCCCUGCUGAUUUUUCUCUUGGUGUGGCUGCUAAUCCGAAGGAAAGACAAAGAGAGAUAUGAGGAAGAGAGACCUAAUGAAAUUCGAGAAGAUGCUGAAGCUCCAAAAGCCCGCCUUGUGAAACCUAGCUCUUCUUCCUCAGGCUCUCAGAGCUCUCACUCUGGUUCUUCCUCCACUCGCUCCACAGCAAAUAGUGCCUCACGCAGCCAGCGGACAUUGUCAACUGACGCAGCACCUCAGCCAGGCAUAGCCACCCAGCCAUACAGCCUACUUGGGUCUGACAUGAGAGGAUCUGAACCAAAGAGAGUCCACCAUGCUACCCUGACCAAAGCAGAAACCACAUCCAGCAUGAUCCCCAGCCAGAGCGGAGCCUUCCAAACUGUCUGAAUUAAAGUGGACUUGACUUCCAUGCUUUCCUAGGAGUCAGGAUCUUAGGACUAUUCUAGUCACUGAAACUCGUCACCAGCCACACAACCCCUUCAAUCGUAUAAGAGGUUAUUUAAACAGCUGUGAACAACAAGUGGAACAGAUUCAGAUGGGCACUUUUCUUAGUAUGACACCAGAGAAGCAAAAAGAUGUAGGGUGAUCAUCUCCAGUAAGGCAUCUCAUAUUGCUUUUAGACCAGAGGAAGAAAAAGCAGGGAUCCAAAUUUGUCUGUUUGCUGACCAGGUCCUGUGGUGAGGGUGCUGGGGAAAGGUGAGGCACAUUUCCCCACCUAAGUUACCAUUGUCAAGAAGAAAUGGGGUGUUUGUGAAUUUUGUAUUCAUUUCCGUGAACCUACUGGAUUACUGUGAUAAUUCAGACAGUCAAACAGAACCCAUGGCCUUAUAUGAUACCUAUCUGCACCAGGUAUUGGGCAAAUUGUUUCCAAGAACUCAAAAAAAAAAAGGCAAUAUAUCUCUUCUGGUCUGACUUGACUUCAUGUGUCAUAAAGUUUAAGUAUUGAUUUCAGAAGGAUAUGAACUAGUAGGAGAUGGAAAAGAGUGAGAUUUCCCCACUGUACUACUAAUCUUCUUAAGUUGAACCCUAAAAUAAAACCUAAAAAAGAAGUCUAAAAAGUGUGACAAAGUUCUGUGAACAGCUUCUCUUAAUGUUCGGAAGGAUUACUGAAAUAUAUCAGAACAACAUACUGGAACAAUUGUGAGUUUUUCCUCAAAUUAGAUGCCUCUAAGGACUUCCCUGCUGGACAUCUCUGGAAGAAAAAUAUUCUCUACAUGUCAUUUAACAAUGUCAUUUAAAAAAAAAAGUCUUCUAGAGAAAUAAGAUCUGGGAAUGUUGAAGAUCAUCUGACACAACAUUAGUUUCCCUUUCUGAAAGGGUGUGAAACCAGAACUUCAAGACUGAGUGAUUAGAUCAGUUAUCUCUUAAUAUGUUCAGGAAUGGUACAAAUAAGUGUAGUAUUGCACCAAACUUUGAGCUUUCUCUAUUUUUCAUUUUAGAUGGAUAAGAAUCUAGGAUAUUUAAUGAUUCUAGGCCUUAAAUCAUUAAAAAAAAAUCAGGCUGCCAACAUUUCCUAGUAGUAUUGCGAGGACAUGCCAUAAUCAUUCCCUCUAGAGAGGCCAAAGCAGAAACUCCACAUUUUCCCAGCUUCAACUUCCAAGAAAGCCUAGCUCUGGGCUGGAAGAAAAGAAAAAGGGAAGAAAAAGUAAUGGGUGUCGAGAGAAGGCUCAGCUUGUGUCCAUUGACAUUUAAAUUGCUGCUGCGGAAGUAGCUCAAAGAGUCCUUAAGACUCUGGAUUUAAUCUCUACCACUGCAGAAAAAGAAAAAAAAAUUAUCUGGAAAGCUAUUGAAGGAGCUAAUGCAUCAGAGAGGAAAGGUAACUGUGAAAGGUAAAAAGUAUAGCAACUUGGGAUUUUUUUAAAUAGUUUCUAUUAAGACAGAUGUCUAUGGCACAAAUGCUGCACUUGAAUUAUCCUUUCAAUGAAGUUAACUAAAUGACACCUAUCUCCAUAGGUGGAGAAUAUUUCUUAUUAUUAAAGGGCAACAUGCAACAGAAAAGAAAAAGUAUUAAUGAAAAUGGUGAAAAAAGCAUUAUCUUUAAAAUGAGAAUCAGAUUCUUACAAGAAAAAGUUUACCUCGUUUUUCUUCCCUACAUUUGAUUUUCACAAUAAUGUCUUCACUGAGUAAAACUGCAUUUACUUCUGAAGUCCUCAGGAAUUUAGAUGAAAAUCUUGUUUUUUUUUAUUGAAUUUGUGGCCUGGCAA